GGGAUAGGCACAUGUCACUCCAGCAGUGGCGUCUUAAAUGCCUAAAUGUAAAUGGCAUGGUUGGUGGCCCGUCAGCUGCGGGUCACUGUAUCGCCUAUGGGGGGCUCCUCGGUGGCUGAGCUUCAGGCCUUAGAAGUGUGGCAACCAGUCCGACAGCCAACUCAUCAGUUGCUCUGGUAGCAAGCUCAAACUUGCAACCUGAGCUGUGGAGUCUUUUUGUGUAAUUUGAUGAGCAUUGGUGAUGCUGUCCCUCUAGUGCAAAGUUCUGGUGUCAGAAAAACUGAAGCACUUUUGGUCAGCAUUACCUCAGUUAUGUCAGAAGCAGAGAGAGAAUAUUACUACCGAGAAGUUGGAACAGAGGCUUUCAGGAUCGCUUCAGUUAUGCCACAAGAAGACAGUGAACAUUACUAGUAAAAACGAGUUAGAACAGAAGGAGUUAGAAAGGAGGCGUAAUCUAUUAUUGACGCUUGCUAUGGUAGCUGCAACUGUUACGUACCAAGCAGGUAUAUACCCUCCAGGAGGUGUAUGGUCUGAUGACAAUGGUGACAUUGGCACACCUGGCAAUCCAAUCCUUCAGGAUAACCAUCAUGGACGGUAUGAUGUGUUCUACUACUCGAAUUCAAUCUCAUUCGUGUCAUCUGUAGUUAUCACAUUUUUACUUGUGAAUAAGGGAUCAUUUGAGCAUGGAAUCAAGUCCUAUACUCUGCGACUGUGUUUGGUGGUGGGCUUGUUUGGCCUCCUGAUUGCCUAUGCUGCUGGAAGCUGCAGGAAUAAAAUACAAUGCAUUUUUCUCAUCAUCAUUGCCGUGACUGUUCUAAUAUCCCUUGUGAUUCAAGUCUUUCUCUCCUCAAUGCUUGGUAAACUACGAAGACCGUUGGACAAACUUAUAGGAUUUCUACAGAGGCGGGUUUUUCUUACGGAGACAGUUAUGCGAGAAAUUACGUCUAACUCACCAGAAACUUUGAAGUAUGAUGAGAAAAUAGCAAAGAAAAGGAAGAAGUACCUCAUGCUUAUUGCAAUUUUAGCAGCCUCCAUCACAUACCAAGCUGGUCUGAACCCACCUGGUGGCUUCUGGUCCGAUGUUCACAAAGGACAUGUUGCAGGCAACCCGCUUCUUAAUGAUAUUAAUAACCAGCGCUAUAUGACAUUCUUCUGCUUAGAUGCUACCUCCUUCAUGGCAUCUAUUGUUGUCAUCAUGCUUCUGCUGAGUAAAUCUAUUAGGAACAAAGAUGUGCCCCUUGAGGUAUUGCUCUUGGUUAUGAUUGUAGACCUGCUGGCACUCAUGAUAGCUUUUGCUGCGGGAAGCUGCCGGAAAUUCAGGACUUCGGUAUAUGUUUUUAUGCUAAUAGCUGGUGUGGUGAUUUCUCUCGUGUUUAUCAUAUUUGUUGCCAGUGCCAUUGCAAAGUGCCUCAGAAAACUAAAGGGAAGGGGAUUUUUCUGCUCAAAGCAUCCUGAUCAAAUUUCAAGAAGAGAUAUAGUGGUACAAAGGGAGGAAGUUUGAGGAAUCGUUUUGUAAUUGGGUGCAGACAAUCAGUGUUUCAGUUUUCAUCAUUGUUUCUGGAUUCACAUAAAUCUAAAGCAGCAAUGUUUGGAUUAAACCCUGGCUACAUAUGUGUUUAGCAUUCAUGUAAUCUGUUGUGUUAUCAAACAUUGGUUUAGGAAAGUCGAACUCAGAUUAAACCCUGCUGAUAUGGUUGUAAGUAUUCAUGUAGUCCAUUGCUAAGUAAAUCAAGGAAUUUGUUUCUUCCUUAUAUUUAUAUGCAUGUAUUGUUCCU